CAUUCAGUGGUCUUGUACUGUUCUACGUUUACUUGCGUUCGAAUAUUUUUUCGAAGAUUCCCGAUAUGGCGGCGGGACAGUUGCCUCCACAGUUACGGCAAAAACUCACUUCUUUUGCGGAGUUUGCCUUUCCUGCGGCCCGGGCAGCUAGGGAAGGGCGCGAACACCACCAGCUGAAGUCAAUUGGAAACGAGCUGGUCUCUAACCUGCCACUACAGAUGGCGCUGUACUUCAACGUCUUUUACUUCCCCUUCUGGCUGGUCACUGCCAUUAUACUGCUGCAGCUCAAGUUUUCGUCAUUGGAUGAGUUCUACAAGUUCAUCACCGUGACGGUGUAUGUUGUAAUGGUGGUGGUGGAGAUCGUCAGACUGUACUUGGGCUAUCUGGGAAACCUGCAAGAAAAGAUUCCGGAGCUAGCUGGGUUUUGGCUUCUCACCAUUGUGCUCCAGUUUCCUCUCAGUUUCUUCAUCCUCUUCAACGAGGCCACCAUGAUCCUUCCGCUGGAACGCGCCAUCCACAUCGUCAUGGCGAUAUUCGUCCUGUUCGAGGUCGUCUGCGGCUACUUCGCCAUCAAGGUCAUGAGCAGUCACCAAGUCACCAAAUUCCACCUCAGACAAUUUGAUGACUUACAGUAUUUGGAUGAUGGGCAGACAAGAUGGAGCACUGAAGCUUGAGAUAUUAUCAAAUGUUUUCUGUUUUAGCGUAACGUCUUGUUAGUACGUCAAUGAAGGUUAGACAUCCAGGUAAUAAAAAUGUACCAAAUAGUGGGUACUCAUUGACAAGUAAUUGAAUAUGAUUUUGGAAACGGUCAGACGUUUCAAAUAGCAUCAACUACCUUUCGUCAGUGACACUGUCAAAAGACUGACGGAAGAUCAUAGUGGAUACUGUCUGAAAUGUCCAACCAUUCCCGCAAAUCAUAUCUCGUUGCUACCUGCUAUUUCUAAGAUAAGCUACUAUUUGUGAACAGUGACAAGAUAUGAAACUUCCAUAUGGACAACCAAAUGUUUUAUUCAAAAUCAACGUUUCAGAGUCAUGUCUCUCUGGGCAUUACUGACUGCUUUACGUUUGGGACUGCAUCGAAAAAAAAAACACAGGACCUUCCCAUCAUUGUAUAUACAAUGUAAUGUAAAGACUUUACAUUUGGGACUGCAUUGUAAACACUGUGAAAUACAUAUUUGUGUAUAUAUUUUGUAAAUACAGUAUGUUUGGGACCACAUUUGUUAGCAGCGGCACAAACUACAAUGUGUAGCUGCAGUGCACAAGAGAACUGGUCAGUACUUGCUCUGACAAAGAAGAUAGACGGUUUCCAAAACACUUGUUUGUGCACAAAAAGUUUUGUUGUUAUGCUACUAUUGGACUUAAAUGCCUUCAAAACAGUAGGCCACGCCUGGUCUUAACCUAUAUGCAGUAAAACAACUUUUAUGUAAAUAUAUUAUAUCUAUCAGAUGAAAGGUUCUAUCUGAGUGUUGUAAAGCCCACCUUUUUAAGUGCCUAUUGUUGUUUCUUAGGCCAAAAUAGUUUUAUUAAUAUAUGGAUGACAUCUGCACUCAUCCGUUUUUGUUUGCUUCAACAACAAAAAAUGUUUGUGGCCAUGGUACCAUACAGUAAAUCACACAAAGAAUCUGUGAUACGGGAUAAAUGGCAUAAAUAGCAGAGAAAUAUCGGAAAAGAGAAAGUAAUUUGAAAUUCAUAAAGUGUCUCAUUUUGUAUUAUAAUUUUUCUGCCAUGUGUAUCGGUACAACAACCUAAAGAAGGUAUUCCGAGCCAUGAGCAUAAAGUUUACAAAAAUUGAGAAAAAAGAUAUGAAAGAACAAAAA